AUGAAUAAGACGUCAGUUGAAGAGUCUGCGACUGACAAAGGUACCCUCAAUGAGUACGAGAAGCAUUAUUUCACCUCAUAUGAUCAUUAUGGAAUUCACGAGGAAAUGCUCCAGGACUCUGUGAGAACGCUUUCCUACCGCAAUGCAAUCGUACAGAACAAAGAUCUUUUCAAAGAUAAGAUCGUGCUUGACGUGGGAUGUGGUACUGGUAUUCUGUCGAUGUUUGCUGCGAAAAACGGUGCCAAGCAUGUCAUCGGUGUCGACAUGUCCAGCAUCAUAGAGAUGGCCCGUGAAAUCGUGAGCCUCAAUGGGUUUUCUGACAAGAUAACACUAUUGAGAGGCAAAUUGGAAGAUGUUGAGCUACCAUUCCCCAAGGUUGAUAUCAUCAUUUCCGAGUGGAUGGGCUACUUCUUGUUGUAUGAGUCCAUGCUUGAUACGGUUCUAUAUGCACGUGAUCACUACUUGGUCGAAAACGGUCUGAUCUUCCCAGACAAGUGCUCGAUCCACAUAGCGGGCAUCGAGGACUCUCAAUACAAGGACGAAAAGCUCAAUUACUGGCAGGAUGUGUACGGAUUUGACUAUACACCGUUUGUGCCGCUUGUCAAGAGAGAGCCGCUAGUUGACACAGUUGAACACGGAGCAGUCAAUACGACGAAACAAAAACUGAUCGAGUUCGAUUUAAACAAGAUCAGCGUUGCAGACCUUGCAUUCAAGGCAUCUUUCAAGCUUAACGUCAAGACUCAAGAUUUCAUUAACGGUCUUGUUGCCUGGUUUGACAUCGAGUUUCCUGCUCCAAAGGGUAAAAAACCUGUCACUUUCUCUACUGGCGCUCACGCACCCUACACACAUUGGAAGCAAACGGUGUUCUACCUCGAAGACGACCUAGAGGCAGAGCCCAAUGACACACUUAGCGGCCGGCUCGUGUGUACACCUAACAAGACAAACAAUCGGGAUCUCGACAUCACUAUCGAUUACCAAUUUAAAGCCAACGGACCUGACGGCAAGGAGAGGUCUCGCAGAAACAAGAAUUCGUUUUUGAUGCAUUGA